AUAUGUAUUACUUUUUGACACCAAACAAGAAAUUAAAUUCAAAUACACCAAUCGUUGUUUUUUUUUUAAUUUCCGUUGAUUAAAAGAAAAUCCAAUCACCAAAACACACUUUGUCAAAACCAACAACUUGCUUUAAAAAUUACGUUACAAUAGAGUUGGUCAGUCAUUGAAAUACAUACAUUUACCAUAAACUGGGAUUGUCGGAGAGCGUUCAUGACGCAAUAUGAUUGACUUGUAAUCUGGCCAAUAGCGGCAUUGAUACUGUUGACAUAUGCCAUUUGUAUUCAGCUACCUGUAGAUUGGCCAAUAGGAAACGUUGACAGUCGAAUAUUUUGAAAUAGGCGGAACCAAAAGAGACAUGCUCGUCAAAACCGCUAAGUAUGAGUUAUAAACAUCAUCUUAACACCAUCAAAAAGAACUCAUGACUUGCCGAGUAAAACAGGACGUCCGGUAGCCACAUAUUAGAUAAAUCACUCCUUCAGGUGUCCAGAAGAUGUCGGUGUGGUACAAAACAUGACAAAAUAACUUCGGUUGACUUCUCCAAGUGUCCAGAAGAUGGCAGUGUAGCCAAAACCACCACAAAAAGGACCGUUCGUAUCACACAAGGUGGGGUUUCCUCCUCCAUCUCACCAUCAACCUUUUCUAUCUGCCUCUGGACCACCUGCUUUAUGUUUCAUUAGUCACCCUUGUUUAAUAGUAACCUCAUUUUGAUGCUAUCUUGAAAGCGCUCAUUUGGAUCAAGAAUGUGCUGAAAGCUUUGGGCGCAGCAGUGAGACAGCAUCUUUUUACUGGUGACACGUCACUAUCAUCUUCAGCGGACAAGUGUCACUUCUCCCGAAGCCCCAGCGGAAGACCAUGUCGGACAAAAGUGACCUGAAAGCCGAGUUGGAGCGCAAGAAGCAGCGACUGGCCCAGAUCAGGGAGGAGAAAAAGAGAAAAGAAGAGGAGCGUAAGAAGAAAGAGGUCACUAAAAAAGCAGAAAGCCAACAGAAGACGGAGGCCAGUGCAGAGGAUUCAGACUUGGACCGCAAGCGUCGAGAAACUGAGGCUCUGCUGCAGAGCAUUGGCAUUUCACCAGAGCCUCCUCUAGUGCCCAAUCCUUUGUCCCCGUCCAAAUCAAUGAGCACACCCAGCGAAACGGGGAGCCAGGACUCAGCUGAGGGGGGAGCGGCAGGCAGGUCAAGUUUCUUAAAAAACAAGCCCCAGGUACAAAGGACACUACAGUGGGACACAGACCCCACGGUGCUGCAGCUGCAGGCCGAUUCCGAGCUCGGGCGCAGGAUGCUCAAGCUGGGGGCCACCAAGAUCACACAGGUGGACUUCCAGCCAAGAGAGGUGGUGUUGUACAGCAAGGAAACUCAAACGCCGCUCACCGCCCACUUAUCUGAAGAAGAAGAAGAGGAGGAAGAAGAUGAAGAAGUGAUGGAAACACAGGAGGUGCAGGAUGAAGAUGACAAGGAACACAAAGAAGGUCCUUGCCCUGCGCUACGGGAACUGACGGAGGAGGAAAGGCAGCAAAUACUUCACUCCAGCGAGUUUCAGACGUUCUUCGACUGCAGCAUCCGGGUGAUGGAGCGAGCUCUGGCCGAGAGCGCCGACAUCUUUUUCGACUACAGCGGUCGAGCCCUGGAGGACAAGGAAGGAGAUCUGGCUGGAGGCUCCAGUUUGUCAUUCAGUAGACUUUUCUACGACGAGCAUUGGUCCAAACAUCGUGUUGUCACCUGUCUUGACUGGUCCCCUCAGUAUCCUGAGUUGCUCGUGGCCUCCUAUAACAACAAUGAAGAUGCUCCCCAUGACCCAGACGGUGUGGCCCUGGUGUGGAACAUCAAGUUCAAAAAGGCAACACCCGAGUACAUCUUUCACUGUCAGUCUCCCGUGGUGUCCGUGGGCUUUGCAAGGUUCCACCCCAACCUGUUGGUGGGCGGGACCUACUCGGGCCAGAUCGUCCUGUGGGACAAUCGCAGUCACCGACGCACCCCCGUCCAGAGGACUCCCCUGUCAGCCGCUGCACACACCCACCCUGUGUACUCGGUGAAGGUGGUGGGCACCCAGAAUGCCAACAACCUGAUCAGCGUGUCAACAGACGGCAGGAUGUGCUCCUGGAGCCUGGACAUGCUGGCUCAGCCUCAGGAGACUAUGGAACUGGUUUACAAUAAAUCCAGACCAGUGGCAGUGACUGGCAUGGACUUCCCCGCUGGAGAUGUCAACAAUUAUGUGGUGGGCAGCGAGGAGGGCACAGUGUACACUGCAUCUAGACAUGGCAGCAAGGCAGGGAUCUGUGAGAUGUUCGAGGGCCAUCAGGGGCCCGUGACAGGGAUCAGUUGCCACAACGCUGUGGGCGCUGUGGACUUCUCCCAUCUUUUUCUCACUUCCUCUUUCGACUGGACCGUCAAACUUUGGAGCACCAAGAACAACAAGCCUCUCUACUCCUUCGAAGACAACGCCGACUACGUCUACGACGUCAUGUGGUCGCCCGCACACCCCGCCCUCUUCGCCGCGGUCGACGGGAUGGCUCGUCUCGACCUCUGGAACCUCAACGACGACACCGAGGUCCCAAGCGCCAGUGCCACCAUCCCAGGGGCCUCGGCCCUGAACAGAGUCCGCUGGUCAUCCGGGGGCAAGGACGUGGCUGUGGGCGACUCGGAAGGACGAGUGUGGGUCUACGAUACUGGAGAGCUGGCCGUGGCCCACAGCGACGACUGGACACGCUUCGCCCGCACUCUGAUGGAGAUCCAAGCCAACCGUGCAGAUGGCGAGGAGGAGGGGCCAAUGGAGCUGGCGUCUUAGACCUCAUGUGCCGUGUUGGCGUUGUGUCAUGUUGCUUCUUGUCCUGGGCUGGGGUGUCCACAUUUUUUCAUCAAUCACAGGAAAUAAAAACGCAAAAGGGUGUCAAGUGAAAAGAAAAAGUAGGGAUGCUCAAACUUCCUGCUGGUCAAUAAAGAUCCUGAGUGACAUCUCCUAUGUUUUCAUGUCCUUGGUGCACACCUGCCCGGCGACUGACUUCAUUGGGACACUCUAAACUGGCCUUUCAGGGCCCUGAUAAGGUUUGAUGUGUUUUAAUUUGCUCACCAUACUUAAAAAAGGUUAUCUUGCCUUAGUUGUAAAAUGUUAGCUGUCCAAUUUUGUUUUCUUGACACAAAUCUAUAUCUACUAUUGCCUCUAAAAAAUUAAAUAAAAAUGGCCUUCAGAUAUGUCAAUUUUUCAUUGGAAAAUGUUUGGACACCCCUGAUACAAAGGGUGAAUACUUGUGUAUGUAUGUUUGUACAAACCCCGUUCCAUAUGAGUUGGGAAAUUGUGUUAGAUGUAAAUAUAAACAGAAUACAAUGAUUUGUAAAUCCUUUUCAACCCAUAUUCAGUGGAAUAUGCUACAAAGACAACAUAUUUGAUGUUCAAACUCAUAAACAUUAUUUAUUUUUAUUUUUUUUGCAACACGGCUGCAACACGUGACAAAGAAGUUGGGAAAAGUGGCAAUAAAUACUGAUAAAGUUAAGGGAUGCUCAUCAAACACUUAUAUGGAACAUCCCACAGGUGUGCAGGCUAAUUUGGAACAGGUGGGUGCCAUGUUUGGGUAUAAAAGCAGCUUCCAUUAAAUGCUAAGUAAUUCACAAACAAGGAUGGGGCGAGGGUCACCACUUUGUAAGCAAAUUGUCGAACGGUUUUAGAACAUUUCUCAACGAGCUAUUGCAAGGAAUUUAGGGAUUUUACCAUCUACGGUCUGUAAAAUCAUCAAAAGGUUCAGAGAAUCUGGAGUAAUCACUGCAUGUAAGCGAUGAUAUUACGGACCUUUUUAAUCCCUUAGGCGGUACUGCAUCAAAAACCGACAUCAGUGUGUAAAGUAUAUCACCACAUGGGCUCAGGAUCACUUCAUAAAACCACAGUCAGUAACUACAGUUGGUAGCUACCUCUGUAAGUGCAAGUUAAAACUCCACUAUGCAAAGCCAAACCUAUUUAUCAACAACACCUAGGAACGCCGUCGGCUUGGCUGGGCCCAAGCUCAUCUAAGAUGGACGGAUGCAAAGUGGAAAUGUGUUCUGUGGUCUGACGAGUCCACAUUUCAAAUUAUAUUUGGAAACUUUGGACAAAGAGGAAAAUAACCAUCCGGAUUGUUAUAGGUGCAAAGUUCAAAAGCCAGUAUCUGUGAUGGUAUGGGGGUUCAUUAGUGCCCAGGGCAUGGGUAACUUACACAUCUGUGAAGGCACCAUUAAUGCUGAAUUGCCCAUACAUGUUUUGGAGCAACAUAUGUUGUCAUCCAAGCAACGUUUUCAUGCCAAGCCACAUGUUAGAACAGCGUGGCUUCGUAAAAAAAGAGUGUGGGUACUUUCCUGGCCCGCCUGCAGUCCAGACCUGUCUCCCAUGGAAAAUGUGUGGUGCAUUAUUAAGCGUAAAAUAUAACAGCGGAGACCCCGGACUGUUGAACGACUGAAGCUCUACAUAAAACAAGAAUGGGAAAGAAUUCCACUUUCAAAGCUUCAACAAUUAGUUUCCUCAGUUCCCAAACAAUUAUUGAGUGUUGUUAAAAGAAAAGGUGACGUAACACAGUGGUGAACAUGCCCUUUCCCAACUACUUUGGCACAUGUUGCAGCCAUGAACUUCUAAGUUAAUUAUUAUUUGCAAAAACAAAAUAAAGUUAAUGAGUUUGAACAUCAAAUAUGUUGUCUUUGUAGUGCAUUCAAUUGAAUAUGGGUUGGAAAUGAUUUGCAAAUCAUUGUAUUCCGUCUAUAUUCACAUCAAACACAAUUUCCCAACUCAUAUGGAAACGGGCUUUGUAUGUAUGUAUGUGGUAUGUGUUUGUAGAGGACACUCCUGAUAUAAAGUCUCAAUACUUACACAUGUAUUUAUGUAUGAAUGUAUGUAAGUAUGUAUUUGUUGAGGACAGACCGUCUCCCUCAACAGUAACAUAAAGUCUAUUUGCUAUGGAAACCCAUGUGCUGGUACAAAAAUCAAUUCAUGUUGCCUUUAAAUAGAAAAAGAAAAUGUUUGUCUUUAGUUUUUUCGAUCUGCUGCGACUCCUCGGAAUACUUCAGGCCGACUUGAGACAAAAGUGCUGAUGUUUACGAAUGGCUUCACGUUGCAUGGGCCGUAUUCCUUUGGUGUUCCAUGGACUACAUUGUCACUUGUGCACUAUAUUCAUAUCCCUUUGGUGUUCUACGGACUACAUUGUCACGUAUACAAUAUAUUCAUAUUCCUUUGGUGUUCCAUGGACAACAUUGUCUCAUGUACACUAUCUUCAUAUUUAUUUGGUGGUCCAUGGACUAUAUCGUCACAUGUAUAAUGUCAUCAUAUUCCUUUGGUGUUCCAUGGACUACAUUGUCACAUGUACACUAUCCUCAUAUUCCGUUGGGGUUCCAUGGACUACAUUGUCACAUGUACACUAUUCUCAUAUUUCUUUGGUGUACAAUGGACUACAUUGUCUCAUGUAAAUUUCUUUGAUGUUCUAGGGACUGCAUUGUCACAUGUGUCCACCUUCAUCUUCCAUGGUGGUUGUCAACAUCGUUGAUACAUAGCGAUACUUUACUCUGUACUAAACCAUGGAAUAAAUGUCUGAGCAGCCCAACAACAUCUGUCCAAAUCGACAUCUGCACGCCGGCUCUCAAAGAGAAGUCUCUCAUGUU